ACAAUGAAACCGACUUGUUACUAAACCAUCUAAAAUGCUGAAAAAUUGAAUUUUAUAAAUGGCGAGCUACAGCUCAAUUUAUGUAGCAUGUGUCUCCACCAAUCGACGACAAAGCGUACAAAAACAUUUAUGAUUUGACAUUUUUGCUGUCAAAACAGUGAAAAUCAAUUAGAAAAACAACAGUGCAAAGCAGGCAGAAAAUCCGUCGGCUUUGUCAUUUUUAGAGAAAAAUCAAAGUAGUAUUAAAGAAAACGCAUCAAGAAUAAAACCUAAAAAAUCAUCGACAUUCAGAAUGAAACCAGCGAAGCGGGCAAGAAUUGAAUUUGAGCCAGCCAGCACAUCUUACACAAUAUUAAAACCACCACGGCCAGCAAAAAUCGAACAAACUGCUGACAUAUUUCGGUUAAACGAUGAUUGCUUCGAGGCAAUAUUCAAAUGGUUGUGUGCGGUCGAUCUACCUGCACUGCACGAAACCUGUGUGCGUAUUCAAAAUUUGGUCAAAGUCUACUUUGGACGCAGGUAUGCAAAUAAACGCGCCGAAAUAGCUAGGAUAAAUGGAAUUGUGGCCGUAAAAAAGUAUGGUGAACUGAAAGAUGUCAUACAGAAUGUGUCAUUUCGAGGAAUGGCAAAGCAAAGAUGGCCUAAAUGGAUGACAAAACAGUACACACACGAUGACAUAGACUUGUUGAUGUACUACGUACAUUCACAGUGCAAUGAAUACCCGAAAGUUCUUCGUUUCGAGAAUAUGAUAUUGGAAGAGAAGGAAGGUAAAAUUAUGGACAAAGUCUUGGGGCGCGUUGAAGUUAUCGAAUUUGUGAAUUGCGAAUCAGAAGAAUUUUACCAGUAUGUGCUAAAACGUAGCACGAAUAUCAAAAGUUUAACCGUCAAACAGUGUGCAUUCCCCAAUGGACACGGAGUGGCAUCACCAUGGCUACAGCAACGUUAUCCAUUGCUCGAACAUUUAGAUAUUCAACUGGAUGGCACAUCGAGUCAUUUAGAAUUGGACGUGUUUAUGCAACGUAAUCCACAGAUAAAAAAGUUUACAUGCCGUUCACGGUUGUGUUCCUAUCUGUCGAAAAUUCAAAAUGUCAUGAAUGCGAUUGCUGCCUUGGAUUUGGAGGAGCUAUUUUUAACAGUUGGUGGCGAUUGUGAUUUUCGCAGCAUUUAUGCACAACUUUUGGACAUUUCGGGGCGUCAACAAUUCCGGCGAUUGUCUCUGGAAUUUGGCAGCGCCGACGUUAAGGACGUUUUCAUUGAUAAUUUAAACAAUUUAGCUGGAAUUGACAAAUUGUAUGCACUUCAUAUCACAAAUGUUGACUUUGCCAAGGACCUUCCAACAAACAUCGAUAUGCUAAUGAACUUGAAAGAAUUGCACUUGAACAACCUUGCAAAUUGUGACUAUUCCGCCAGAAUGAUCGCCAACGUGACACCAAAUCUUGAGCUAUUAAUUGUACGAAAUUCAUGCUAUUUCACACCAAGUGUCGUAAAUUUUAUACAACCAUUCAUUGAAUGCUUGCCAAAGUUGAAAAAAAUCGUUUUGGCACACGACGUCUGGCCGCGCAUCAAUCAUCAACUAGCAUUUUUAAAUGGGAAAAGACAACAAUUGCACGGUGCAUGCAUGGUCAUCAUUUGGACACAACCACCGAAGGCAGGACUGAAGGAUACACCAAAACUUACUGGAAAAAUAUUGAUUCGAAUGCGCCCACUGUACGAUGAAUAUGAACAUCUUUAAACUUAUUGCAUAUUGCAUUAUAAAUUUAGGGGAAAUUUUAUGGAACUGAUCCGCAUUAUAAUUAUAAUCUAUGAAUGUUUUCAUGACGAAAAAACCACUAAUUUUUUUUUUCAAAUAAAAUAACCAUAAUGUACUGAUGA